AUGGUUGUUGGUGAGAGACUGCAUGUUGCAGUCAUUAAGGAAAUAGCUGACGUCCAGCAAAGAGCUCGCUGGACGGGAGAUACACAGAAGAAAAAGUCCAGAACCAAGAAAUGGAGCGAGAAGUCGUGGUACGAUGAUUAUAGCAGGUCAUUCGGCCUCUCCCGACCAAGAAUAAAGACGAACCCAGAUCAAGAUGCCGAAUGGGAGUGCAAGGAGUUGCUUGGAAGAGGGUCUUUCGGUGUUGUAGGAUUGUGGACCAAGUCUGAUUCCAGAGGUAACGUUAUCGAUGCCGUGGCGAUCAAACAGACAGAUGCCGAACGACGUGAGAUUACCCCGGAAGGAGAAACUACUAUACCUUGGGAAGCAUUGAUCAUGCAUGAACUCACCGCUAGGGGCUGUACCAACAUCGUCCAACUCCGGAGAGUGGUCGUCUUCCCUCUUGAAAAACCUGUUCAAUGGAGAUUUUAUAUGGAGGUUUCAAGAUAUGGUACCUUGUCAGACUUAGUCAGAGCAUACAAGAAAAAGAACGAACGAUUACCGGAAGCAUUCAUAUGGCAAGCAUUCAAUGACUUUGCUAGAGUCGCAGUGCAUAUGAGCAAUAUCAGAUUUGAUGAUUCUGUUGCUCCAAGGGGGAAAAAUCCGUUCAUCCUUCACUUGGACUUGAAGCACGACAAUGUUUUGCUAGGGGAUGCUCCUUCCCGAGAGGAGGGUCUUCAUUACCCCAGUGUGAAAGUGGCAGACUGGGGUUUGGCCGAGUUUACAAGUGUCGACUCGUCGGAAAAUAGCAGAAAAUGGAGGAACUAUGGAACUCGGGUGUGGAUGCCUCCUGAGCAAAGACACAGUGGCACUUAUGGCCGCGACUGGAGGCGGAACGUCUUCGGAUCGUCUACAGCUCCUUUCACGAUGAAGCAUGUGGUUUGGCAAAUGGCGGCUUGCGUCUAUGGUCUCAUGACUCUAGAGCAACACAACUAUAAUAUUGACCGACUGGUAGAUAGAUACGAAGACCGUGAGGAGGAAUUACGGGGUCAAGGUUAUUCGGUUCUUGGGGGCUACUCCAGCAGGGUGUACUCGAAAUCCUUGUGUAAAUUGGUGGAAGAAUGUCUCUUGGUGGAUCCGAAACUCCGACCCUCACCUCGAGAAUUGCGAGAGAAGACGCUGGCAAAUUGGAAGCCACAUUUCGCAAAGUUCAAGAAAGCGGGCUACAAGAAUCCAGUACCUAUGCAAUUUCCAAAGAAUCUCAAACUGGAAUUGCCGUGA